CUCUCGGAAGUUUAGCCAAGUUGCUGUGAUGUAGCUGGCCAGCUAGCAGCUACAUACAUAUCGUUAGCUAAAAGACGGUGCCACUAAGGUAAAAUAGCUUAUUUUAUUGUUCCACUCUAUAUCGAGACAUAAAGGAUUUUACAUGGAAUUACAUCACUUUGCGUUCGAAAACAAGAAUGGUCGCCACCUUCGGAAGACGUUGUGAUUGUUUUUUUGCGCUUUAGCAACCCAGAGGAAGGAUGGUAGAGUUGAGCUAACACAACAGGCUAACGCUAGCUUAAUAUGCGAUAGCAGAGCUAGCUAGCUUGGUUGCGAUCGUUUGUGUCUGAAACGUUUGGAAGAACUACCCCAUCCAUUUGCCAGGGACUCGUAGGGCAGGCCCACAUUUUAUGUUGGCAUAGCAGAUAAAGCAUCAUGACUGCUCCUCCUCAGCCUCGGAGGAAAGAACCAGGGAUACUGGUGGCUGGAUCUAGACAUCAGAUGGUGCUCUGAAGAAGCCAUGGGAAGCUGCUUGAGCUGUCCAGAGAAGGAGUCAAUCCCAGAUAAUCAUCAAACUAAAUUUAAGGUGAUAAACGUGGAUGACGAUGGGAACGAGCUGGGCUCAGGCGUGAUGGAGCUGACGGAGGCAGAGCUGGUCCUCCACACCCAUCGCCGUGACGAUGUUAGGUGGCCUUACAUGUGCCUGCGUCGCUAUGGCUACGACUCCAACCUCUUCUCCUUCGAGAGCGGCCACCGCUGCAAGACGGGACCAGGUAUCUUUGCCUUCAAGUGUGCGCGGGCAGAGGAGAUCUUCAAUAUGCUGCAGGAGGUAAUGCACAGCCACAGCAUCAGUGUGGUGGAGGAGGCCGUGCUGGAGGCCAACCACCAGACUGCUCUGGGCUACUCUGUCCCCACCGUGCCCAAUGGUGUCACCCGGACCCCUUCGGUGGGCGACACCCCCUCGCACCCCUCCACACGCCACCCGUCUGUGGCCAGCACCCGCCUGCCCUCGGUGGGAGAGGAGUCCUCACACCCCCUGCUAGUGGCUGAUGAUGCGAUCCACACCUAUGUGAACACCACAGGUCUGCUGGAUGACCAGCCUAGCCCUCUGACUGUUCCAGCCCCUCUGGACAGCCCCGACUCAGGCCAGUCCCAGUGUCCCCCUACACCCCCCCCUCCACGGGUAGCCAGACCAGAGCCUCUGCCCCCCAUGCCCCAGCUCCAGGAAGAGCCCCAGGUACUACUGGAGCCCCUGGGGGUGCGCUUCGUGCUGGGACCCACCCCUGUGCAGAAGAAGAUGACCAAGGGGAAGCAGUCUACUGGGGGUGGAGAUGGAGAGGAGGCAGGGGAGGACCCAGAGUCCCCGGAUCUUGGAAAGGGGGAGACUAACAGCCACACGGACACACACUGUGCCACAGAGGCCCCAGCCCUACUGGAGGGCCAGCCUCAGCUGCCCCACACACACUCCAACGGCACCUCUGUCGGGGUUACUGCCCCAAUAACAGCCCCCCGCCUCCACCGCACGCCCCCCGACACCCUGCAGAAUGUUAACAACUCAGCCCAGCGACGCACGGCCCUCUUGGACUAUGAGAACCUCCCGGCCCUGCCGCCCGUCUGGGAGACCCGCAAGCCCAGCAACGAGGAGGUGGAGAACAAUGGAGGCGGCCAGGGGGGGCUGAAGACGCCAUCCCUCAACGGCUACAACCACCACCACCACAGCCUCCUCCACCACUCCUACUCCCACCCCCUGUCAGCCUACCCCCCUCUUUCGCCCAUGGAACCCUCCCACAACUACGUCAACACAGAGAAUGUGACGGCUCCUCUCAGCGCCCGCUGUGCCCCCGACAUGGUACGCCGCCGCACCGAUGGACCCACCAUCUUCAACUUUGACUUCCGGCGGCCGUUGGGGCUGCUGUGUCAGGAGCCUCCCAAGACGCUCAACUACAUCGAGGUGGAGAUGGAAUCUACCACCACCUCUUCAUCCGCAGCUGCCAAGGGUGCCUCCUCGGACACCAGCAACCCCCACACGCCCCGCACCCCCACCUCGCCACUACCGCCUACCACCCCCACGCGCCGCACCGAGCUCUAUGCCUUCAUUGACAUCGAGCGCACCGCCGCCAUGUCAAGCCUGCAGAAGGCUCGGCCGCGCGACGACGGAACGUCGAGGAAAACGCGGCACAAUAGCACGGAGCUGCCCACCAAAAGCACUGUCUGACUGAACGGAUCCUUCUGGCACCUGUUUCUACUAUGAACCCCUUUCAAAAGAAAUAUGAAAAAAUGUGAAGGCAGUCUACACAGGGGACUUUCUUAAUAAACAAAGACAGAGAAACACAGGCCAUGGAGACAUUGGAAAUGUAUUCAAAGAGACUCCAGAAAUCGGUCUUAAAUUAGAUUGAAACAGACUUUCUGUUGUGUGUGUGUGUGUGUGUGUGUGUGUGUGUGUGUGUGUGUGUGUGUGUGUGUGUGUGUGUGUGUGUGUGUGUGUGUGUGUGUGUGUGUGUGUGGUUGGUUACCAAAGUAGGUACUUACUUGCGAUAUACCAAUUUAUUCCUAUGGUAAUAUAAUACCUCUUCUCCUUCACUCAUUCUACAGUGCAUUUGGGUUGUUUAUUAUGUUAAUAAGACUGGACUGCAUUCCUCCUCACCCAACCCCUGGUACAAAUCAGUAUUACUGAACAAAGCAUUCCAUUUAGCCUUUUUGAAUGAUAUGAUUCACUACAUGCAUUGCUGCUGUAAUUUCAGUAUCUGAGGAUUACAUGGUACACUACAUGUUUCUGACAAUGUACACUAGAUUCUGGCACAAUAAAUGUCUGUUCUGUU